GUCAGUGACCGUUGACAUUGUCUUAUUGCAAGUUAUAUUUAAUUUGUUUUGAUCUAGGUUUUCAUCAAAGAAUUAUACUGCGAUAGGUCCUACUUUUCAGAACUUUAUAUCACAAUGAGUGAGUUCGAAUGUUUGGACGAGGAAGUAAAGGAGCUUCUACAAAAUUACAAACAUAAAAAGGCAACAGUUUAUGAGCCAUGUACUCAGAAUAAUAUUAAGGAGUGUUUAAUCGGAUUAAGUGAGGAAUUAGGACUCUACAAUUUAAAUUACACUUUCAACCCUUAUAUUGAUGUGGAAAAUGGCACAUUGGAACCAAAAGCUCUUAUAAAGCUUAUUAAUGUAAUAUGGAUGUUACUACAUUUCUAUAAAAAUGCAAUGGAGAAAAAUACUCAAUUGAAAGAACAAAUGCAUAUCCUUGAAAACAACAACAAACAGCUAACUGGAAGUAAUGGCAGGCUCAAAAACAAGCUAAAUGUGGAGAUGAAUGAAUCUAGAGCUUGUGUUGCAACAGCACAAAGAGUGUCUGAUCGUUCAGAUGAGCUGGUACAGUCACUUUUGGAGACAAAGUCAAAAUUACAAAGACUUACAAAACAGAAAGAAGCCAGUGAAAAAACCUUUCGCAAUGAAAUAACUAAACUAAAGAAAGAGAACGAGAAGCUGAUGGAUAGAAUAAGAAAUAAAUCAAGUACUCCCACAUCAUGUAGUGAAGUGUGUCACUCAUCUCUAUUGCACCUGAAGGAGCGCGAGAGAAAGCAACAGGCAGUUAUAGCACAAUUACAAGCCAACAAUCAAGAACUACUACAAGAAGUAUUAACUUUAAAAGAAGAAAUUCUCCUAGGAGGAUUUGAAAGUCUUGAAAUAGAAAAUAUAAAUAAGAAAUAAUUAGUAUAUCAAUUAAUUGUUGAUUUUUAAUAUUUUUAAUUAAUAAGUAUUAACCUAUUAACAAUGUUUG